GUCGGCUGCGAGUCGCGCGCGCUCGCUCCACCAGCCAGCCACUGGUGUCAGCGUCCCACCGCACACUUUCUGCCCGUUACCUCAGUUCACUCAGUUGUGCGAGUGCCUUCGUCGGAGGAGGAGAGCAGUCUCGCUCUUACACUGCCAGUAGUUUAUUGUAUCAGUAAUAAUAAUCAUAAUCAUCAUCAUCAUCGUAGUAACAUCAACAAAAAUAAUAAUAGUAACGAUAUAAUAAAAUUUAGUUGAAAUGAAAAGCUGACGAAGAUUGUAUGUUCGCAAACGGCAAAAAUAAAAAAUGAAAAAUAAAAACUGCUGAUUCUUAUUUACAUACAUCUGUGUACGUAUAUAUUGUGUACGAUUAAAUAAAUAACAAUAUAAAAAAAAAGUCGUGAAAUGUAACGUUAUGUAUCGUGCGUACAUAAUUAAGAUUCAUCUAGUUGCAUAGAAAAUGGUGAAGAUUGAUGUUUGAGUUUCGUGAAUAGCCGCAGAGCUUUUCGUCAGCGAUUUGAAAGGAGCAAAAGUUUCGGUAUACGUAAAUACGUAAUUAUCAAACCAAAUACGUAAUUAUUGCAUUAAGGAUAUUGCACUAAAAAUGAAGUGAUCCGAAAUUAUUUUAAAAUCCGCAAUAAUAUAUCGAUUAUAGAAAGACUGCGGGAUAAUAUUGUAAGCGAUGCUUCUCAGAGGGUGAUUUCUAUCAUAGUGCAGAGCCAGUGAUAGGUAAUUUGAUUCGUGGCAAAUAUACACUCGACAUACAUAUAACAAUAAAUCUGUGUGCAUUACGUGGCAUUUAUGCCGGUACUCAAAUACUGUGUCGCAUCUCUUGUAUUGUUCGGUGUCAACGCACUCUGUCUAUCAGUUUGUUUUUCGUGUAUCCGCUGCCAUGCUCCACGGAUGCUCUGAUAUAUCUGCUGCUGCCACUGCUGCUGGGACCUUGAACGGUUUUUAAAUGGGCAAUAAAGGCGUUUCAACAAGUAUUAUGGGUGGAACCAGGUUUCUCAAGGGCCUGCGAGGUUCAUUUACGGCUUGGAUUAAUGCUCAAGAUAAACGCUGACUUCGAAGCAGCCCUGAAACAUCUCACCUUAGCUCUUAUCGACGCAACAACACCCGCAUCGUUUUCUAAACUCGAGAUAAAAUUUCACAUCGCUCACUUAUACGAGGUGCAAGGAAAGUAUCGACUAGCCAAAGAGCACUACGAGGGUCUCCUCAAGGAGAAGGCCUUACCCUCGCAUUUGCAGGCUGAUAUAUGCCGACAGUUAGGAUGGAUGUACCACGUGGUUGACUGUUCGAUACUCGGCGUUACCAGACCGCAAAAGCAGACGAUAGCGAUAAAGUGUCUACAACAAUCAAUCGAAGCUGAACCAAAGAGUGGUCAGAGUUUGUAUCUUUUGGGCAGGUGUUUAGCCGCCUCUGGAAAAGUUCACGACGCUUUUAUAGCUUACAGAAAUUCGGUGGAAAAAUCUGAGGGCAAUGCCGACACUUGGUGCAGCAUAGGGGUUCUUUAUCAGCAGCAGAAUCAGCCUAUGGACGCACUUCAGGCUUACAUAUGCGCUGUACAGUUGGAUAAAUCACAUUCGGCCGCUUGGACUAAUCUUGGUAUACUUUACGAAAGUGUUAGCCAACCGAAAGACGCUCUUGCUUGUUACGUGAAUGCGUCGAGGGGAAACAACAAUACACCAAGCGCUGCAGUUCCUCUCACGGGUAUUGCUGGUGCGAAGAAGGGCAACGGUGGUGGGACACCAAUGAACCCAUCGCUCCAACACCGCAUAACAUUUCUUCAGAAUCAUUUAAGCCAGGCACCGAUGCCUUCCAUUGCUACCAAAAGGCGGCAGUUGCCAUCAAUCGAGGAAGCUUGGAAUCUACCGAUCAGUGCUGAAAUGUCAAGUAGGCAACAGCAACAGCAACAAACGCAGAGCGGCGUCGGUUACAAGUAUAAUUCGGCACCGCCGGGUCCUCCGCCUCCGUAUCCUCAAGGACAGGGGCAGAAUAUCAACACAAAACGAUUCAAACCUGGAGAAGAGCCGAUAUCUCCAGCAGCUCAGCAGCGACCGCCUCCGUUUUACCUAUCUUCGCAGCAACUUCAGAUGCUCCAUUUCCUCCAACAAAAUCACGGUAGCCUAACGCCUCAGCAGCAGGGUUUGCUAGCCCAGUUGCAACACUCGUACAGAGCAAUGCAGCAGCAUCAACAACACUGCAGACUGCAACAGCAGCAGGCUGCACAGCGCGGACUAAGACCUGGACAACCCGGUUAUCCGACGCUUUACGCUCACGCGCCGCCCGGACAGCCCGGGGUUGUCAAAAAUUACGGAAUCCCACAGCAGCCGCAAGGAGGAACGGUCGCUCUUCAGACCGGUUUCUCGGAUUCUAACAUCGGUUACAAUGCGGCGGCAACUGGAAACGCUCAACAAUCACCAGGCAUGCCUUAUAAAUCAGCCUCAGACCCGAAUUACCCUCAACGCCAGGUUCCAGGCAGCGGGCAGUUCAACCAGUAUCAGUCUAAUCAGUACGCAGCUCAGGGUUACACUCAGAUAUCGUCAACGACUAACAGCUAUCCCGAGGGAUCGGCAGGGAACAAGGAUCUCGGUGUCACAGAUCAGGAACUCCAGGCUCUUCUUUCUCAGAAAGAUAUUGCCACUUCUCUAGCUGAGGAUCUUCUAAAACACUUUGGUUCUGAAGAUCUCGACGUGAAGGAGGAUCCAAAUACGAUCACGAACCACGGCACACCCGGGACGCUGAGUUCUGGACCAUUUUCACCGUCAAAUAUAGACGAAGCGACGAGUGAAAAGGUGAAAGACAUAAAGGUAGAAAAAUUGGACGAUUCUCAUCCGCCGGCGUCGGCAAUGGCAUCCUCGAGGCCAGAAGGUCAUUUAGCAAAGCGCUAUAGAAAAUCAUCGCCAACAGUAGAAACGAUAAAAUGCGAGGCCACUUCGAGCACCAGUAAAAUUGAACCUCACGUCAGGGUCGAACCCGUCCUCAAACUUGAAAGCCUCUGUGAAACCCAACCUGAGAACGAACUUAGCAUAGAUAUGGACGCGAGAUCUAUCCUGGAUAGUUCCAUCGGUCAAGGUCUGAAAGGCGUUCCCAAUUGCUCGAUACUCAGUGACAGAUCGUCACCACCGGCGCCUCCGGAUCCGCCGACACAGCGUCUAACCAGAGAACAGUUGUUGCCACCGACGCCAAGUGUUUACCUGGAGAACAAAAAGGACGCGUUCGGCCCGCAGCUCCAAGAGUUCUGUCUGAAACACCCAAUAGCUGUGAUCCGAGGGCUUGCUGCUGCCCUGAAACUGGACCUCGGCCUGUUCUCAACAAAGACGCUAGUCGAGGCAAAUCCUGACCACGGGAUCGAAGUCAGGACGCAGCUACAACAAACGAGCGAUGAGAACUGGGAUCCGGUCAUGUCACGGAAGGUUUGGGGCUGCAUAAGCCACCGAAGCCACACGACAAUAGCGAAAUAUGCGCAAUAUCAGGCCUCCAGUUUUCAGGACAGCCUGAAGGAGGAGAGGGAGAAAUCGCAGGGCGUUCACACCGCCAAUUUAUCCGAUUCCGACUCUAAGGACAGUACCGGUGUCGUCAGAAGGAAAAAAAACGUUUUUGGAUUGAUGGGAAAACCAGGAUCCAAAAUGCUCAGGUUUGGCACCAACGUCGAUCUUUCCGACGAAAGGAAGUGGCGGAUCCAGCUUCACGAACUCAUGAAGCUCCCUGCCUUCGCCAGGGUCGUUUCUGCUGGAAAUAUGCUUAGUCAUGUCGGGCAUGUCAUUCUUGGAAUGAACACUGUUCAGCUUUACAUGAAGGUGCCGGGAAGUCGAACGCCGGGUCAUCAAGAGAACAACAACUUUUGUUCGAUCAACAUAAACAUUGGUCCAGGUGACUGUGAGUGGUUUGCAGUACCGGAUGCGUAUUGGGGUGUAAUAUGCACUCUCUGUGAAAGAAAUAACAUCAAUUAUUUGCACGGGAGCUGGUGGCCUUCUCUGGAAGAUCUUCAAGAAGAAAAUAUCCCUGUUUAUCGGUUCUUGCAGAGACCUGGCGACCUCGUUUGGGUCAAUGCCGGAUGUGUUCAUUGGGUCCAAGCGGUCGGCUGGUGCAACAACAUCGCUUGGAACGUCGGUCCUCUCACACCGCGCCAAUAUCAGCUAGCGAUCGAGAGAUAUGAGUGGAACAAGCUUCAGUCAUUCAAGUCCAUAGUUCCCAUGGUUCAUUUGUCAUGGAACUUGGCAAGGAAUAUCAAAGUCUCGGAACGCCGACUGUUUGAGCUUAUAAAAAAAUGCCUUCUCAAAACGAUGAGGCAGUGCUACUUGAUACUGGAAUUCGUAAGGAGCAAAGGCGUUGAGGUCAGGUUUCACGGCAGAGGGAAAAACGAGGCGUCUCAUUAUUGCGGACAGUGCGAGAUCGAAGUAUUCAACAUACUCUUCAUCCGUGAGCAAGAAAAAAGGCACGUAGUCCACUGCAUGGACUGCGCGCGUAAACAGGCGCCUUCACUGGAAGGUUUCGUGUGUCUAGAAGAAUACAGAAUGUCUGACCUGAUGGCGGUUUACGACAAUUUCAUCCUCCAUCCUUCGCCGUCAGCGGCAACAUCUGUUUCGACGAGUCAAUCCUCUUGAGGUUACACUCAGCGCAGGUACUUGGAUUACCUGGACACGCUGCAGUAUUAGUGCCGCCGCGCCCCCCUCUGUUCUUUGUUUUAUCUUUAUCGCGUCUAUUCUUUUAUGUUGUUUAUCAAUUUUUUUUCAAUAUAUUUAUAUAUGCGUCUUAUUUUAGUAAGCGCGUCGAAUUGUAGAUUAAUGAAUUCUGUCGAUCGACGGUAAAAAGGACGAUUAGGUGUACAAAAAUAAUAAUGAAACGAAACGCAAACCACUUCUGUAAAUGUAUGAAAGAAGAGAAAGUGAUCUUCAACAAAUUUAUUGCGAAGUAAGUAACAUUAGGACUAGAAAAAAAAAAAAAAAAUUACAUUAAACUCAGAAAUGAACGAACGACUAUUCGUCGGAUAGAGUGACGCAACGACGUUAAAA